AUGGCUCUGAGCACGAUUGAUGGCGUGCCGAAUCUCUAUGUCGGAGGCAUAUGGGCCCUCCGGCGCUCACAGUCCCUCCUGGAGAGGAAAAUCACACACGUCCUCUCCCUAGUCUCUUUCAACCCGGCCAGUCUCAAAAACUUCAAAGAUGAGCCCUUCUCUGAAUAUGGCAAGGCCUUCCAGCACCUUCUCAUUGACAUUGACGAUGUCGAUGACUCGGAUCUCCUCAUCGAGCUUCCCCAGGCAGUCAAGUUCAUAGACGAGGGGCUACGAAGCAUCAGACCCCGCCGGAAAGCCCCUUCCAGCUCCGACGUUGCUAGCGUCCAAAAGGCCGUAGAGAACAUCGCCCUGGAUGGCGACAACAAGAGCUUAGCAUCGUCGUCAACGUCAUCGCUAGUGUCAGCAUCCACAUCAGCAUCAAACGUCCCUCCUCCUGACGCACCACGAGGCCGCCGCGGCGCCGUCUUUGUUCACUGUGCCGCGGGCAAGUCCCGUUCCAUCUCCGUCAUCAUCGCCUAUCUCCUCUGGCGCCACCCCGACCGCUUUACCGGCUCUGCAGGCGCAGAAUUGGCCUCAUCGCUAGUCCCUCAGUAUCCCGGGCAGUAUGACGAAUCUGUCUGUGAGCCGGUCCGCGCAGCUCUCGCGUUCGUCAAGAAGACACGCCCCCUUGCCGAUCCCAACAAUGGUUUCAUGCUGCAGCUCGACCACUGGUGGCGGAUGGGCUGCCCGGUCGAGGGGGGUGUUGAGUCUCAACCCAUCUAUCAGCGCUGGCUCUACCAGCGUGCUGCCAAGGAGAGCCUCGCCGUGGGCCAGGCCCCCUCGCAGCUCUUUUUCGGAGACGAGGUAGCCACUGAGGCAUCAUCAGCACCAUCUAUUGAUGCAUCGUCGACUUCGGCUGCUGCGCCCGCCGGGGAGAGAAAACUCCGCUGCAAAAAGUGCCGCCGCAUCCUCGCCACAGGCCCCUUCAUCGUGCCGCAUCAACCGCGCGCCUUCAGCGAUGAGGAGCUUGAUGCCGCAAAGGCCCGGGGCCUUCCACCGCCCACACGCCCGCCCUGCCAGCACUUCUUCAUCGAGCCGCUUAGCUGGAUGCGCGGCGAACUGGAGAAGGGCGAGCUCGGCGGCCGCCUGGUGUGCCCGAACCCCAGAUGCGGCGCCGGCGUGGGGCGGUACGACUGGAAGGGUUUCCCGUGCUCGUGCGGUGGCAGAGAGGACCCGGCCUUUUCGCUGCAGAAGGCCAGGGUCGACGAGGAGGUAUCUAGGGCAAUACUUCGGAUGCCACCGGGAGCGAGAGGCGGCAAUGGGAACCUAUGA